UUUGGGACAUAUGGUGUCCCCGAGAGCAUCCCAAUUGAUGCAUGCCCAGCUCAUGAUAAUGCGACACUUCGUCAGUUCACCUCGUCAUGGGGGACGGAGAUAACUCUGGGUAUUCCGGAGAGACCUGAAUCGCAAGGCUUAGUUGAACGCUUGAUAAGAGAUGUUAAAACUGCGAUAAGGAUUGGGACCAAUUGUGGCGAA